AUGUAUAAAUUACUUUUAGUUACUCUUCUCACGUUGUUUGCCUAUGUAACUUGUGACAACAACUGGAUUAGAUUCAAGAUCUCUCAAUGGCCUAACAAUUAUGAUGAAACCAUUUACUACUCGGUUUCAAUAAAUGGUGGAAAAGAAUUUAGCUGGGGAAAAGGUGUUAAAAUGUAUUCUGAUGGAAAUGAGAGCUGCAAGAAUGGACUUUGUAUUAAAACAUACUUUGAUUCUGGCUAUAUUGAUUUUUCUUAUGCUGGAAAAGGGGCAAGUCAUCCAAACACUUGGCGAAGAACAAUUGAAUGUGCUUUUUGGAAUCCUAAGACAGAAAAAUGCUUGAUCAAGAGAGGCGCUUAUUUGAUGUCUGACUAUAGAGAAUUGCCAUUGGAGUAAUUUUUUUUAAAAAUAAAAACCCUUUUUGGACCCUUGAUCUGAAUGUUCAUCCUUUU